AUGGGGGCCACAGGUUAUGGAUAUUACCGCACUGUGAUUUUAAUCUCAAUGUUUUUGGGAUACGUGCUGUAUUACUUCAACAGGAAGACGUUCUCCUUUCUGAUGCCGUCAGUCAUGGAGGAGAUUGAGCUGGGUAAAGAGGAGCUUGGCCUGAUCACCAGCAGUCAGACUCUGGCUUAUGCCAUCAGUAAGUUCGCCAGCGGAGUGCUGUCUGACCAGCUCAGCGCCCGCUGGCUCUUCUCCGUCGGCCUCUUCAUCAUCGGGGGCAUAAACAUCAUCUUCUCCUGGUCAUCCUCGGUGAUGGUCUUCACCGGACUCUGGUUCCUGAACGGUCUCGGUCAGGGAUGUGGCUGGCCGCCGUGCGCCAUGGUGCUACGAAAGUGGUUUGAGCCGUCCCAGUUCGGAACCUGGUGGGCUGUUCUUUCCUGCAGUAUGAACCUGGCUGGCAGUCUGGGUCCCAUCGUUACCACCGCACUGGCCGAGUACUACAGCUGGAGGACCAUCGUCUCUGUGUCCGGUGGGGUCUGCAUGGGCUUCGCUUUUGUCUGCUUGCUGCUGGUCAAGAACGAGCCCAGUGAUGUCGGCCUGCCCAACAUACAGUCUGGAACCAAGAAGGGCAAAGGCAAUAAAAACACCCCGAAUGAUGAGAGCACUCUUAAAGAGUUCCUGCUGUCUCCGUACCUGUGGGUGCUGUCCAUGAGUUACCUGGUGGUGUUUGGGGUGAAGAUAGCCUGCACUGACUGGGGUCAGCUGUUCCUCAUGCAAGAGAAAGGCCAGUCUGCUAUGAUGGGCAGUUCGUACAUGAGUGCCCUGGAGGUGGGUGGUUUUGCCGGCAGCAUUGCAGCAGGCCUUCUCUCAGAUAGAGCAGUUGCACGACACGGGCUGGGUACCCACGGAAACCCUCGGCACGGCCUCCUCUUAACCAUGAUGGCGGGCAUGACUGUAUCCAUGUACCUCUUCCGGGUCACCAUCACAGCAGAGAUCCCAAAGGACGAUCCUCUCUGGGUCACCGCUCUCCAUCCGGUCUCUGUCCUGACUGGCCUGUCUGAGAAAGAGAUCUGGAUCUUAACUCUAGGUGCUGCGUUUGGGUUCUCGUCGUAUGGCCCGAUUGCGUUGUUUGGGGUUAUCGCUAACGAGAGCGCUCCCUCGAACUACUGUGGGAUGUCACAUGCCAUCGUAGCCCUCAUGGCGAAUGUCGGCGCGUUCCUCGCCGGCCUGCCGUUCAGCGCCAUCGCUAAGCACUACAGUUGGGAUACGGCCUUCUGGGUGGCCGAGGUGAUCUGCGCGCUGACCACGGUUUGCUUCUUCCUGCUUCGCGACAUGCGGACGAAAAUGGGACGAGUGCACAAGAAGACCGACUGACCUCCACACGCUGGAGGACCUCAUGGACCCUGAGCGUGUGACCAGCUCAGCCACGAUGGUGGCUUUUAACAUAAACAAUGUCCGGAAAAACUUCACAUGCUUGAGUUAUCAGCUGCGUUAACACUGCUUCAUAGGAUUAUUGUAACUUAUUGAAAUACACUGCGAGCACUUUCAGCAUGGCUUCAUUACCUUUCAUUAAUGAAACAGUCAUUUAUUCAGUUAUUCACUCAAUUAUUAACAGUAAUUUAAAUGUGAGGGGAUGAGUUGGCAGAAAAUCAAGUUUCACUUCUUCCAAUUUCAGACAAUCAGCCGAGCCGUUUGGCGUCCUACUAACAAACACUAGCUGUCAGUAGUCACCCAGAUAAUCGCAGCACUCAAUAAUCCAAUCACAACCAGAUUUCUGCAGUUAUCCCAUUAUUCAAACGUUCGUGUAAACACCGCACUUCGAUCUAGAAAUCCGAUGAAGAAACCCAAUAAAGAGAGCUGGAUUUUAGCUGUAAACUCUGA